AUGGCCUCCUCUAGCACGGCCUCGAGACCGAUCCAGAAGUUCCUGGACUCAACCAAAGUCGCGGCCUUGUCGAAAUUUGUCCGCAGGCCACCAGUCGAUCCAAAACAGCCUAUACAAGGAAAGCCCCGAGAGGCCAACUCGAAUGCAUUCAAGGAACACGCCAAGAGGGAAGGUGUGCGGUUGCAGAAGGCCUUGAAUUCGGUCGCUCACGGCAAGCACAUCUUUGCCUACCAUAAUGUUCGGACGAAACAGGUCGUGUAUUCCCUGACUCGGUAUUUGGAGAAAAACAACCUCCUGCGCCAAAUGGUUUACCACGGGAAGAAGACCGUGCCCGCUGAUUUCCGCCGAGACAUGUGGGUGCCGUACUAUUCCGUCCACUUCGGCGACUCGCGCCUCGGCCUGCGCGCGUACCAGCUGCUUCGCGAAUUCUCGAUGCAGCGCCAGCUUGCCCCGCCCGAGGAGCUUAUCACUGUGACAGAAGAUUUCCUGGCACUGAAGCGGCCGCGCGACCCAGUGGCUGCGGAGGAAUUCGACAAGAUGAACAAGAAGCGAAUUGGCAAGCCCAUGGAGAAGAAGGAACGUGCGCGCGCCCUCAUGGACCAAAAGGCCACCUCCGUGGCGGAUAUUGCUGCAGUUCUGGCUAUUCAGGAGAAGGAGAUCGAAAACGGUUUCCUGGAUCGAUCAUCCAAGCGUGGAUAUUUGACUCGUAAAGCUCGUCAACGCCGCCGUGAGGCUUUCCAGCGCCAAAUUGCCCAGGCGGAGUCAAAUGAAGAGCGCAUUGCCGCGCUUGAGAAGCACCUGAGUGAUAUCUCCGGCGAUGAGAUCAAGAUUGGCGAGGUUGACGGCGAAUAUCCCGAGGGCGCGGAGGAUGUGAAGAUCCUCUGGCGGGACGUGCAUGAUGCCUUCUAUGCUGCGGAGUGGCCCUCUGCUGUGCAGCACGGCGAGCUGGAGCUCAAGCGCAGCGCCAUCAUUGGCACCGAGAACCGCGGUGAGGGCUCAGAAGGAAUCAUUACUGAGCACCAAUUCAACGAGAGAGUGCAGCAGUGA